AUUUUACCCUAUCCGCUGCCAUUCCUGUUCCUAGCCACAGUGUAACCCUAGCAAAACCCCAUGACGCUUUGCAAGAUGCAACCCGAAAUUGAAGGAAUGAAGCCUCAAUUCCACCCCCACCCUCACCAUCCCGUCUCUCUGCCCUCACCACCACCACCACCACCACCACCACGACGUCACCACCACCACCACCACCCACUUCCCCACUUCCAUCUCCCUCUGUUCCUCCAUUGCCCUUGUAGCUGCCCGCCUCUCCUGCUCAUCCCUCACCACCACCACCACCACCACCAAACCGGCUGCCCUCUCCCCUUUUAUCCCAGGUCUUCCAACCUCUCUUGCCCCAAGUUCUCUCAAGUUCCACCAGUCGUGCCUUCUUCGCAGCCUAUCCAGAACCCAUGUCCAAUUCCUUCGACGCCUGCGGGAGUCGAGAGCUUGGAAGUUUCCGAGGCCCAAACCAUGGACAGUUCAGCACGCGGGUUGCAACAACAGGAAUGGAGAGGGGACCAGGAAUUAGAAGAUGAAGAAGAAGACGUGUUUGUUUUGACAGAUGAGUGGAGGGAGUUUUUUGCAAAAUCUGAGGCUAAAAGGAGAUUGGCUAAGCAGCGCAAGAAGAAGGGUGGCAAGUGAACUGCUAGCUAUACAAGUAGGACCUCCAAAAACUUUUUUCUUCAAACAAUAUCUACUCAGCAACUGUGUCCUAGCAGAAAGUCGAAAAUAAAUUUUGUUGGAGCAUUCUCAAUUUUCGCAUCUGCCUCUGGGCCCUUAUUCGCAAAGUUUGAAGUUGACAGGCAUUUAGUGCUGAUGUUAUGAGGGUAUUUACGGCUGUAUUAUUUCUUAAUCCCAAAUUUUGAGAACUACAGAUAUUUAGCACAUUAAGCGUGUCUUUAACAGGUUUUCUAUAGUGCGGGUCAUAUCAUAUAAAUUCCCCAUAUUUUCAGACAUGAAUAAAGUGAUGCUUAUAUGGUGUUUUAUUCGAACUA